AUGACAACUAUUAAACAACGGGGUUCAUGUACUAUUGACAAAUGUACACAAGCCUCUUUAGCUUUGUGUCAUCAUUGUAAUCAGAACAUAUGUGUGCGACAUUUGCAAGAACAUUCGGAUCUGCUUGUUCAAUCAACUAAUAAUUAUGCACAUCAAAUUAAUGAAAUCGUCGAAACUCUUAAUACCUUCAGUAUUGAAAAUGUGAAAGUAGAAGCUUUAGAAAAGUUGAAAUUAUGGAAAACGAAUAUGAUAUCAGAAAUUGAAAGAACGUAUUUAACAAUGGUUUCUAUGACUGAUACACUAUCGCAUGAAAUUGAUGUAGAAUUAAAACAUUUUAAGAAAACCAGAAUAGAACGCAUUGAACAAAUAAGACAAAUGAUUAAAAGAGUGCAAACAAAUAACUCAACGAAUGAAAUUGAAACAGAGCAUAUUCGGCUACAGUUACAACCUUUAUUAGAAGAUAUAAAGUCUCUAAAAUGUGGUAUUAUUGUAAAACCAUGUUGGAAUAAAAAUCCACUGGCUCAGCAAUCCAUUUCCAGAGUGUGUGAUGACAACUGUUUUGGAACAGCUAUGAGUAGUGAACACCCUGAUAAACCGAAAAACAGGAGUUCCAACCUGACUACUCCACCAGUAGGUGGCGGUCAACCGCCACUUUCUAGAAAUGUGUCGAAUGAUGAUCGUCAGCCAUUGGUUCAAUUAAACCCAAAACCGCCGGACGCAAGAGCACCACAGGGCAUCACUUUUAAUCAUACACAACGUACUGUCGAUAUUCCAGAUGACACCUGGCUACCCGAUGUUCCAUAUCAGGUACGAGGUAGAGUAACAUGUGAGAAUGAGGAGUUAUAUGCACUCGAGGCUGCCAAGCCAUUGAGCGGUUAUACUGGUUUAUGUCCAAUAUGUCAGCGUCGACAUGUUCCACUUUCUCCCUCGCGUGGAUUUUAUGCUACAAAUCGAGCAUUAUAUGACAAAUUGGUCUCGGUCCAAAAAUCUAAAUGA